AUGACCGCCGCAAGUCUGCGCCGCUGGCCGCUCAGCCGCACUGGCCAUUGCGUCAUUGAUCCCCUCGUGUCUUGGGCUUCAAUUUCCUCCUCAUCUUUUGCUCGCCCCUCUUCCAUUCAGCUCCAACAAUCAGUCCAGAUUACUCCAUCAUAUCACCAGCACCGCUGUCAUCAAUAUUCAUCUCGAUCCCAUAUCCAACGCAGUCCCUACAUUCUCUCCAAAAUCACAAGACCAGCAUCCAACUUCAACACCAUCACCAUCAUCACCCCCCCUCCCACCCGCACCAUGUCUUCCGACAACGACUACAUGUCUUUCCUGAACAAGGCCAACGCAGACCUCAAUGCCAGCCAAUUCCAGCCCCAGCGAGACAACACUUCUUCCACCCCACGCACCCAAACCAUCCACACCAACGUCCGCGUCCCCACGCCCCUCACCUCCGUCGAUACCUUCUACGUCUCCGAAACAGAUGAGCCGUUUGAACCCGUUGCCCUGAAAUGGCCUGAUGCGGGGCGGGGAAUCUGGCCCGAUGCAGCUGCUCUCUCCAACCUCGUUUCUCCCGACGCGGACCUCUCUAACUCCAUUGAGACAUUGACAUUCUCGACAUUUGACCCGAAGAAUCAGUACGCCGGGGUAGUGAGGGCAGUCCGGGCUGCCGUGGGGGAUGAGGAUGGCGCGGCUGUCAAGGUCUAUCGGGUUGAGGUGGCCAGGUCGAGAGUGGAGUACUUUGUUUUGGCGCUGGAUGGGACCGAGGGGUUGGUUGUUGGGUUGAGGGCUAAGGCUAUUGAGACUUAG